AUGAAGAUUAAAUCGUUGGAUUUCUACCCCAUCAAAGCCCUUCGCCCAAUCCCUCUCACCUCGGCAACCCUCACCCCGCAAGGCAUUCUACACGACAGAACCUACAUGCUCUUCAAGGUCAACCCGGACUCCACCUUGCGCAAGCUUCAGCUGUCCUCAUUUCCCCAAUGUGCUCUGUUUUCCCAAGAAAUUAUGUCUUCCUCCGGAGACAAGGGCGUCGAAAAUGAUCCCAGCAGCGACGACACUAUCCUUGUCAAAUACCACAUCCCCUUACCACCCCUCAUCGACCACCAUCCGCUUCAGGACACGACCCUCUCGGUGCCUCUGGUCCCCGAUGCCAGUAAGCUCGAGAAGGUCACUGUCGACCUCCAUGGUAGCCCCACCGAAGCUCUCCGCAUGGGCGACCCUUAUGACGCCUUCUUCUCCGCCUGCCUCGGAUUCCCCACAAUCUUGGUCCACAUCGGCUCCGGACGCCGCGCCGUCCUUGGCACUCUGGCCCCGGGCUCCUCUGCCACCACACAACAACCCUCCCUCCUCUCCUCCAUAACAUCCUACCUCCCCUUUACCUCCUCUACCCCAAAGCCGGAUCACUGGUUAACAUUCACUGACUGCGCACCGUACCUGAUAACCUCCUCCUCUUCCCUGUCCUACCCUUCUCUAACCCCCUACUCCCCCGCGUCCCCAGACACUCCAAGCCCAAUCAUGCCCAAAUUCCGUCCCAACAUAGUGGUAGAAGACCCUUCCGAAGCCCCCUUUGCAGAAGACUUCUGGGGCGAGCUUUCCCUCCCAAAAUCAGGUGCCAAACUUCUCCUGACCGCAAACUGCGGCCGCUGCUCCUCCUUGAACGUCGACUACGCUCUGGGCCGGCAAGCUCCCGGUCCAGAGGGAAAGCUGCUCAACACACUGAUGAAGGACCGACGCGUCGACCCGGGACACAAAUAUGCUCCCAUUUUCGGCCGGUACGCGUUCCUUUCCGUGGACGGCCCCGAAGGAUCGGCCGAGGGCACUGAGCCCGAUCAGGCCCGUGUCAAAGUCUCCGUCGGAGAUGAAGUCACCAUUACCCGCCGCAACGCCGAGCGUACCGUCUUCGACUGGCCUCUGAACGCAGCACCGCCUAACAAAUCGGUGGCUGUCGCUUGA